AUGAACACCUCGAUGAUCAAGUCCAAGUUCCUCUCCCAACCAGAGGACCUUGGCGUCGUAGCUGUUGGCUUCUCGGGUGGACAGUGCAAACCCGGCGUCGACGCGGCCCCCUCGGCACUGAUCGAGUCCGGCCUGCUCAAGCAGCUGCGAGACGAGCUCAACUACAAGCUCCAUGGCGACGAAACCGUCCACGCCUACACCGACCUGGUGCCGAAGGAAGACCCGCCCUUCCGGAACAUGAAGAACCCCAAGGCCGUCAGCGGCGUCACGCAGCGCCUGAGCGAACAAGUCUACACCCACGCGCAGGAGGGGAGGAUGGUCCUUACGCUGGGCGGCGACCAUUCCAUCGCAAUAGGGACCAUUGCCGGCACCGCCAAGGCCGUGCGCGAGAGGCUCGGCCGCGAGAUGGCUGUCAUCUGGGUGGAUGCACACGCCGACAUCAACACGCCCGAGACGAGCGACUCGGGGAACAUCCACGGCAUGCCCGUCAGCUUUCUGACGGGUCUGGCCAAGGAAGACAAGUCGGAAUACUUCGGGUGGCUCAAGGAGGACAAUCUCAUCAACCUGAGGAAACUCGUGUACAUCGGACUGCGCGACGUGGACCCUGGCGAGAAGAAGAUACUCCGCGACAACGGCAUCAAGGCGUUUAGCAUGUUCGAUAUCGAUCGGUAUGUUUCCCCUAUUAUCACUGUGAUUCCCCAGUCGUCCUAUCCUUCCCCAGUCCUCCCCUAUCCUUCCCCUGUGAUGUCUGGCGUUGACGCGUGUAUACCGCGUAGGCAUGGGAUCGGUCGUGUGGUGGAGAUGGCACUGGCGCACAUCGGCACCGACACGCCCAUCCAUCUAUCGUUCGACGUCGAUGCGCUGGACCCCAUGUGGGCUCCCAGCACGGGCACGCCUGUCCGUGGUGGACUGACGCUGCGGGAGGGUGACUACAUCUGCGAGAGCGUACACGAGACGGGAAGCCUGGUGGCCAUCGAUCUGGUCGAGGUGAAUCCGAGCCUGGCGGCGGAGAGCGACCUGGGAGCGCACGAGACAGUUAGGGCCGGUUGUAGCCACAGCGAGACUCCCGGCCGCAAGGCAAACAACGACGACGACCCUGUGUCUAACAACGACGACGAAUCUGUGUUUUUCGAUCCAACCCGACGAGCAUCCAAGCCAGUCUUUCCACGACUCCACGGGAUAUUCGUUCGUACAAUGGCCGCCUCUGAGACCACGGGGACGGGCUCGCUCGUCUAUGAACGACGGGUGGCCCGCGUCCAUCGAUACCACUGGCCCGCUAUACAGUUGAAUAUCUGGAUGUUGAUCAUGUUGGUCGCAUCUUGCCUCAUCAUUGGCGUCUUCGCCACCUUCAUCAGCACUCAGCAACAACUCGGACUAUAUGUUCCUUGGUACUUUCCUUACUUCAUCACCGUCUCCGCCUUGAUGGUCGUCUUCAUCAUCAUCUUGCUAUGGCUGAUAUCACAACGUCGCCUGCUCCCGUCCAUCGUCGUCAUUGGCGCCUUCAUGUUCUUCGUCCUCUGGAUGGUGGGCCUGGUCGUCGUGAGCAUAGAGCUCUGGGGCCCUUCUGGCUCCGUCAGCUCCAAUUGCGACCUACUGGUGUGGAAGGAUACGCCCAUGGGCAACUCACAAACCACCUUGGCCUGGCUGGAGCAAAGAUCGAUAUGUCAACAAUGGGAGGCCGUUUUUGCCUUUGCCCUGAUAGGCUGCAUAUUCUUGUUGUGGAUUAUCAUAAUGGCAGUGCAGGUCUUUUAUGAUGAUGCCUGA